AGACAUCUAGUCUAGAACGGCUAAGGCACUGUGAGUGAAGAAGAUGACUUGCACAUGGACCACAUGCAAGACUGUGAUCUGCAGAAUAGACGGGCCAUCUUUACUCACGGUAUCCAUGUUGGCCUGAGAAUCCUGAUGCCUCUCACCCCAGGAUCAGCCCCUAUCACCCCAGUUCUCAUCCACAGAAUGGGAAGUUUUGGACACCACCACAGGGAUGAUGCAGUUAACACACGGAGAGCUGUCCAACACAAACUGCCCCGAGUUGCUAACACAUGAAACCAUCACCAAGCGCCAGUUCACUUGUGAUGCCAGGACCUUUAUUCUGCAGAAGGCACUCCUGCCCCUCCUCCUGCCGUGAGUCCAGGGGACUCAGUCUGAGCUCCAGCCCCUGCUUUCCUGGUGUCUGUGGUGCUGCCUCUGACUUGUGUGUCUGCUGUGUUACACCCCAGAGGGAAAAUGUGUCCCACAGGGGGCAUGAGACCUGCAUGAUGUGAAGUUUCCAAAGACAUAGGCUGGAGAUGCUAGUGGGAACCUGGUACCUGUUUCCUAGGCAGCAACCGCCUCCUACCUUCCCACAUUCCUGGGCACCUACAGGGCUUUUGCCAUCUACUGUGAGUAAGAAUCCCUUAGAAGAAAUGGAGCAUCUCUCAUAGUCAACAGAAGAGUCCAAAAUGCAGUACUUGGAUGCAGUCUCCAAAAUGACAGAAUGAUCUCUGUUCCUUUCCAAGGCAAACCAUUCAAUAUCACAGUAAUCCAAGUCUAUGCCCCAACCACUAAUCGUGGAGAAGCUGAAGUUGAAUGGUUCUGUGAAGAGAUACAAGACCUUCUAGAGGUAAUACCAAGAAAAAGAUAUCCUUUUUAUCAUAGGGGACUGGAAUGCAAAAGUAGGAAGUCAGGAGAUACCUGGAGUAACAGGCAAGUUUGGCUUUGGAAUACAAAAUGAAGCUGGGCAAAGGCUAACAAGAGUUUUGCCAAGAGAAUGGGUCAUAGCAAACACCCAUUUCCAACAACACAAGAGAAGACUCUACACAUGGACAUCACCAGAUGGUCAACACCAAAAUCAGAUUGAUUAUAUUCUUUGCAGCCAGAGAUGCAGAAGCUCUGUACUGUAAGCAAAAACAAGACUGGGAGCUGACUGUGGCUCAGAUCAUGAACUGUUUAUUGUAAAAUUCAGACUUAAAUUGAAGAAAGUAGGUAAAACCAUUAUGCAAUACAGGUAAAACCUAAUCCAAUCCCUUACGAUUAUACAGUGCAAGUGACAUAUUCAAGAGAUGGAAUCUGAUAGACAGAGUGCCUGGAGAACUAUGAACAGUGGUUCCUAAAAAUUGUACAGGAGGCCAUUAUCAAACCAUCCCCAAGAAAAAGAAAUGCAAAAAGGCAAAAUGGUUGUCUGAAGAGGCCUUACAAAAUAGCUGAGAAAAGAAGAGAAGCUGAAGUCAAAGGAGAAAAGGAAAGAUAAAACCAUCUGAAUGCAGAGUUCCAAAGAAUAGCAAGGAGAGAUAAGAAAGCCUUCCUCAGUGAUCAAUGCAAAGAAAUAGAGGAAAACAAUAGAAUAGGAAAGACUAGAGAUCUCUUCAAGAAAAUUAGAGAUACCAAGGGAACAAUAAACUUGGGCACAAUAAAUGACAGAAACUGUGGAUCUAACAGAAGCAGAAGAUAUUAAGAAGAAGUGGCAAGAAUACACAGAAGAAAUAUACAAAAAAUAUCUUAGUGACCCAGAUAACCACGAUGGUGUGAUCACUCACCUACAGCCAGAUAUCUUAGAGUGCAAAGUCAAGUGGGCCUUAGGAAGCAUCACUAUGAACAAAGCUAGUGGAUAUCAUGGAAUUCCAGCUGAGCAAUGUCAUAUCUUAAAAGAUGAAUGCUGUUAAAGUGUUGCACUCAAUAUACCAGCAAAGUAGGAAAACUCAGCAGUGUUCAUGAAGGUCUUUUUUCAUUCCCAUCUGAAAGAACAACAGUGCCAAAGAAUGUUCAAACUACUGAAAUGUUGUUGCUGAACGAUAAGACGCCGGGAUUCUUGGCCUCCGGAGGAGACGAAUUCUAUCCGGGGCCAGAGACGAGGCUGAAUCGCUCAGAGCUUUUGUGUAAUAAAGUUUUAUUAAAGUAUAAAGGAGAUAGAGAAAGCUUCUGACAUAGGCAUCAGAAGGGGGCAAAAGAGUACCCCCCUCCUAGUCUUUAGCUGUAUGUUAUAUAGUCACUCACAGUCUGUUAAUGAAAAGAAAGGAAUGUCAUAAAAUUUAGAAUGGCACCAGAUAAUUCAACCCUGGCCAUAAAACGAUUGACUUGAAUCUGGUAGAAGGGCAGAAUACCAACAAAUAGUUUCGUUUACAUAGAUUAGGGGAACAAUACCUGAGUAAGUAAGUUAGGCCAUUUGGCGGAACCAACUGGAAGAUAGAGUCUGGGGUACAUUAACAUAGCUUAAACAACAUUUCCAUAAGAAAAAGAAAUGUAUUGGUUAACUCAAGGUUUGAGAGUAGUUAGCUUUAGGUGAGACCAGGUGUCAUGGCAACACAGCAUUUUAAGAGAAACCUCCUUUUAAAUAUGUAUAGAGAAGGAAAAACAUAUCGCUGGUUUGUUUCUGCCUGCAGCUUAAGAGAGAUAAAAAUGUCUGGCACGUGCAGCCUCUUUCCUCCCUUUGGAGACCCCUGGCUUUCCUGCCUGAUAUCCUCUCACUACCACACAAUUGCACUCAUUUCACAUGUUAGCAAAGUAAUGCUCAAAAUUCGCCAAACUAGGCUUCAACAGUACAUGAACUGAGAACUUCCAGAUGUUCAAGCUGGAUUUAGAAAAGGCAGAGGAACCAGAGAUCAAAUUGCCAGUAUUCAUUGGAGAUCACAGAAAAAGCAAGAGAAUCCCAUAAAAACAUCUACUUCAUUGAGCACGCUAAAGUCUGUGACUGUGUGGAUCAUAACAAACUGUGGGAAAUUCUUAAAGAGAUGGGAAUACCAGACCACCUUACCUGCCUCCUGAGAUCCCUGUAUGCAGGUCAGGAAGCAACAGUUAGAACUGGACAUGGAUCAAUGGACUGGUUCCAAAUCAGGAAAGGAGAAUAUCAAGACUGUAUGUUGUCACCCUGCUUAUUUCACCUAUAUGCAAGUACAUCAUGCAAAAUGUGGGGCUGGAUGAAGCACAAGCUGGAAUCAAGGUUUCUGGGAGAAAUAUCAAUAACCUCAGAUAUGCAGAUGACACCACCCUCAUGGCAGAAAGCCAAGUGGAACUAAAGAACCUCUUGAUGAAGAGGAAAGAGGAGAGUGAAAAAGCUGGCUUAAAACUCAACAUUCAAAAACUAAGAUCAUGGCAUCUGGUCCCAUCACUUCAUGGCAAAUAAAUGAGGAAACAAUGGAAACAGUGACAGGCUUUAUUUUCUUGGGCUCCAGAAUCACUGCCGGUGGUGACUGCAGCCAUGAAGUUAAAAGACACUUGCUCCUUGGGAAAAAAGUUGUAACAAACCUACACAGCAUAUAAAAAGCGAAAAAGCUAUGACAAACCUAUACAGCAUAUAAAAAGCUGAGACAUUACUUUCCCAACAAAGAUCCAUAGAGUCAAAGGUAUGGUUUUUCCAGUGGUUAUGGAUGGAUGUGAGAGUUGGACCAUAAAGAAGUCUGAGUGCCGAAGAAUUGAUGCUUUUGAACUGUGUUGUUGGAGAAGACUCUUGAGAGUCCCUUGGACUGCAAGGAGAUCAAACCAGUCCAUCCUAAAGGAAAUCAGUCCUGAAUAUCCAUUGGAAGGACUGAUGCUGAAGCUGAAUCUCCAAUACUUUGGCCCCCUGGUGGGAAGAGCUGACUCAUUGGAAAAUAUUCUGAUGGAAGCAAAGAGCCAACUCAUUGGGAAAGACUCUGAUGCUGCAAAGAUUGAAGGCAAGAGGAGAAGGGGACAACAGAGGACGAGAUGGUUGGAUGGCUUCACUGACUCCAUGGACAUGAGUUUGAGCAAACUCCAGGAGAUGGUGAAGCACAGGAAAGCCAGUGUACUGCCAGCCACAGGGUUGCAAAGAGUUGGACUAAGUGACUGAACAACAACAGCAAGGCAGGUGCUGGGCCUUCUUCACAAGUAAAUACCAGGAUGAAGAGUUCAAGACAGAAUAAUUUUAAGAUGAAUUGUUCAUUUCCCCACCAUGGACUCUCUUUUCUUGAUGUUUCUUUGUUCCCAGAGAAAUGAGAGAUGUGGUUUCUAACCAGGAUAUUUGAGAGGAAAAGAUUCAGUUCCUCAGAAGGUGACUGGGAACCAUUUGGUGGCUUUCAUCUGCGUGGACCUUGGAAGGAGAUGAGAGAAAAUCCUUUUUUAUUUUUGAAUGAAGUGGAGAGACCAGAGGGUGGACUCUUUGGGAAAACAGUUCAAACAGCUCCAGCCACAUCAUGAGAAACGCUGGGCUGGAUGAAACACAAGCUGGAAUCAAGGUUGCUGGGAGAAAUAUCAAUCACCUCAGACAUGCAGAUGACACCACACCUAUGGCAGAAAGAGAAGAACUGAAGAGCCUCUUGAUGAAAGUAAAAGAGGAGAGUGGAAAAGUGGCUUAAAGCUCAACAUUCAGAAGACUAAGAUCCCGGCAUCCGGUCCCAUCACUUCAUGGCAAAUCGAUGGGGAAACAGUGACACACUAUAUUUAGGGCUCCAAAAUCAGUGCAGCUGGUGACUGCAUCCAUGAACUUAAAAGACGCUGACUCCUUUGAAGAAAAGUCAUGACCAACCUAGACAGCAUAUUAAAAAGCAGAGACAUUACUUUGCCAAGAGAGGUCCAUCUAGUCAAAGCUGUGGUUUUUCCAGUAGUCAUGUAUGGAUGUGAGAGUGGGAGUCUAAAGAAAGCUGAGCACUGGAGAAUUGAUGCUUUUGAACUGUGGUGUUGGAGAAGACUUUUGAGAGUCCCUUGAACUGCAAGGAGAUCCAACCAGUCCAUCCUAAAGGCAAUCAGUUCUGAAUAUUUGUUGGAAGGACUGAUGCCAAAGCUGAAACUCCAAUACUCUGGCCACCUGAUGUGACGAGCUGACUCAUUUGAAAAGACCCUGAUGCUGGGAAAGAAUGCAGAUGGGAGGAGAAGGGAUCAACAGAGGAUGAGAUGGUUGGAUGGCAUCACCAACUCAAUGGGCGGCUCCUCACGGGACUGCAGACAGGAGCCGGUCCUCGGAGCCCCCUGCUCCACAUCCCCGCACGAGGGGCAGGAGCCCCACACCAGCCACAGAGCCCAGGGAGGACACAGGGGGGAAAGUGUGUCCGCGGGGGACAGGAAUGAGACCUGCAGGGUGUGGAGCGUCCAGAGACGCAGACUGGAGACGCUGGUGGGCAACCUGGUGCCUGCCUUCCUGGGCCAUGACCCUGCCUACCUCCCCACAUUCCUGGGCACCUACAGGGCUUUUGGGACCCCCCAGCAGGUGCUGGGCCUUCUCUUCACGAGGUACGGAUGCAUCCUCCCUUACUGCGAUGAGGAUGGUGGACCCCUGCACCAGCUGAAAAUGGCCAUGGCCUCCAUCCUGGGCACCUGGCUGCAGCUUUACCCUGAGGACUUCCUGCAGUCCCCAGAACGUCCCUGCCUGAAGAUGCUCCUCGCAUACGCAGAGCUCAGCAUGCCCGACUCGGACCUGGAGCAGCGAGCCCGCCAUCUCCUGGCGCAGCUGGAGACCCUGGAGCCCACUGAAGCAGAGCGGCAUGCACCCGCUGGAGAAGAAGCUCUGGAAACAUCCCCAGACCUAGAGCCAACAGCAUCCCUACUACCUGCCACAGCUCCACAGUCAGAGCAAGCUCCAAGCCCAGCUCCCAUUCAAGUUCAAGGACUGCAUCAAAUAAACAUGCCGGCUCCAAACCCAAAGCCGCAGCGUGCUCAUGCUGUGGCUCUCACUUAGGCUUGGAAGCGAGGAAAAGUACCUCUAGGCUCCACUUCUAGAUCCAGAGAACGUGCAAGAAACAGCUCUCUUCCUCCUUCAGGGCCUGAAUCGCCCAGAAAUCCUGUGCCAGCACUGCUUCUACAGCCUCAGUCCCCAGACUUAAGCCAACCUCGGCCAGGGCACUGCCUCGGCUCUGGAGCUCCUUGGUGCUUUGCAGUCAGCUGCGGCUCCGGUGUUAUCCAGCUGUGCUUCUAGAGACCCCAGCAGACACAGCUUUUCUAGCAGCUCGGGCCCUGGAGCCAGGUCCUCCCCUAACAUCCCUGGAGCUGCUCCCGCUUCGUCCGCCAGCCUCGCCUUCCCAGGCAGAUGCUGUGCUGCCCCUGUGCCAGCACCAGCCCUGAGCCUGUGUCUCCACCCCGAUACUUCCCUCUCUUAAGAUGUGAUUUGAUUUUUUGAUUCCAUGUACAAACUUAUUUUUUCUGUGAG